GUGGGAACGACCUUGGGGUCAGGAGGGACCUGCCUGUCCUCCAUACCGGCUCCUGGGCCACCCUAUCUCUCGCGGGGGAAGCUGCAGCUGUGUUCAUAUCGGCCUCUGCCCCUGCCUUAUGCCGGGGGUCCUUAGUGAGGGACCCCCAUCUACCAUAUGGGGCUCCAACUUCCACCCAGGGGAGAGUGGCGGGGAGCAGACCCCCUGCACCUCCCCAGGCCACUCUGCCCCAGCUGGGGACUGAGUCUCCAAGGGCACUAUUUCUGUUUGUGAAUCCUGCGAAGGAGCAGGGGGCACUCCUCAUUCAGCGUUGCCAGGCUUAGCAAAUAACGGGCCGCCUAGGUAAUCCUGAAUUUCACAUAAGCAAUGGAUACUAUCCCAGUAUGUCCCAAAUAUCACAUGGCACUCAAAGCACCAGAAAACUGAGAGAGAAAAACAGUCGUUGUUAUCUGAAAUUCAGAUUUAACUGUCAGCCCUGCACAGAGAGAAAAGCUAGGCAAGCUACUUAGAAGUUGAGGGCUGAAGUUUCACAGCGAAUCAGAAGAGAAGGGAUUUGGUUGGUAGAACGCACCUGCCAGAAAUUAAUGAAAAAGUUCAUUCUCAGAGAGCACAAGACUGAAGGCAGUGCUUUUCUGGCUCCGAGCAUCUCCUCCCGACAAGAUGCUGGGCUGAGGCUGGCACCGCGGCUCACUAGGCUAAUCCUCCGCCUUGCGGCGCCAGCACACUGGGUUCUAGUCCCAGUCGGGGCACCGGAUUCUGUCCCAGUUGCUCCUCUUCCAGGCCAGCUCCCUGCUGUGGCCCGGGAGGGCAGUGGAGGAUGGCCCAAGUGCUUGGGCCUUGCACCCUAUGGGAGACCAGGAGAAGCACCUGGCUCCCGGCUUCGGAUCAGCGCGGUGCGCCGGCCGCAGUGGCCAUUGGAGGGUGAACCAGCGUUCCUGGGCCACCUCACCUGGGUGACUUCCUCCCUGAACCCUUCGAGCCGGGACGAGCUCCUGCAGCUUCUGGACACGGCCAGGCAGCUGAAGGAGCUGCCGCUGAAGACCACGGCGGAGCAGGACAGCAUCCUGAGCCUGUCGGCCCGCUGCCUGCUGCUCACCUGGCGCGACAACGAGGAGCUCAUCCUGCGCAUCCCCACGCACGAGAUCGCCGCCGCCUCCUACCUGCAGGACGACGCGCUGCACCUGCUAGUGCUUAAGACCGGUCUGGGCGUGGACCCAGUGCCCGCAGGCGUGGAUGCCAGCCCCGGCGGUGCGGGGCGCGACCCGGGCCCACCAGGCGCAGCGCCCGAGAAGCGGCGGGUGGGCACGGCGGAGCGGCGCCACACCAUCUGCAGCCUGGACUGGCGCGUGGCGUGGGGCGGGGGCGCGGGCGCCGAGGCCCGGGCAGGCGGCGGCGGCGGCAGCCUGGAGCGGCAGCGCGCCGGGACGCGGGCGUCGGGCAGCUGGGAGCGGCGGCAGACGUUCAGCGGCAGCUGGGAGCGGCGGCACGCGGGCAAGCCGGGCGGCAGCUGGGAGCGCAGGCAGGCGGGCGGCGGCGGCAGCUGGGAGCGGCGCCACCCGGGGCCCAACCCGCUGGACCCGCAGGACCCCAGUCCCGACGCCUACUGCAACCUGGUCAUCCUGGCUGUAGCGGACAGGGACGCUGCCGAGGAGUCCUGCGCACUCAUCUGCCAAGUCUUCCAGAUCAUCUACGGGGACCAGAGCAUCGAGUGCGUGGACCGGGCUGGCUACCACUACACAUCCACACCCGAACGCCCGUGGCUCUGCAGCCGCAGUGAGAGCUGCCACACGGACGGGACCUACGCCUACGACGCCGACUUCAGCUGCUGCAGCUCCUUCAACGGCUCCCAGGACACGUUUGAAGCCUGUUACAGUGGCACGUCCACACCCUCCUUCCACGGCUCCCAUUGCAGCAGCAGUGACCACAGCGGCCUGGGCCUGGAGCAGCUGCAGGAUUACAUGAUCACGCUGCGGAGCAAGCUGGGGCCCCCCGAGAUCCAGCAGUUUGCCGUGCUGCUGCGGGAGUACCGGCUGGGGCUGCCCAUCCAGGACUACUGUGCCGGCCUGCUGAAGCUGUACGGGGACCGGCGCAAGUUCCUCCUCCUUGGGAUGCGGCCCUUCAUCCCCGACCAGGACAUUGGCUACUUCGAGGGCUUCCUGGAGGGCGUGGGCAUCCGCGAGGGCGGCAUCCUCACCGACAGCUUCGGCCGCAUCAAGCGCAGCAUGAGCUCCACGUCGGCGUCGGCCGUGCGCAGCUACGACGAGGCGGCACAGAGGCCCGAGGCGCAAGCCUUCCACCGGCUGCUGGUAGACAUCACGCACGACAUCGAGGCGCUGGCCCCCGACGACGACGACGCCCAGGGCGCGGGCGACGCGGCUGAAGACAACUACCUGUAGUCGCCUUCCAAGAAGAGAGCUCGCAAGGGGAGCGGCCCUGCAGCCUGCCUGUCCGAGUCGCAGUCAUUAUUGCCCAGGGGUCCCCGGCCCCAGGAUCCCUCCCCUCAGUCCUACCCCGGCUGGCCGGGACCUCCGUCUCUGUGCUGGGACUCGGGUCCCUGCAGUACCGAGAGUGUCCUGCAGGGGGCGGACGAGGCCGGACUCUUAACGCCCAGGCGCGGGUCCCCCUGCCAACUUCGCCCUACUUUGGUCUUCACAGUCCCAGAUCCCAGGAGCCCCCCUCCUCCCCGAUACCCCCAGGGAGAGGGCUGAGGAGUGGGCUCCAGCUGCUGGCAGAUGGAGAAAAGAAUUUUCAGAGCCGAGGGCACCCUUGUCCUAAUUUCAGGAGGGGACUUCAAAAAGUUUGUGGAAAAUGGAAUUAAAAGAUAUUUAUUUUGGAGCAAAAGAAUUUUGAGAUUCAUGAAUGCUCUUUUAACAAUGUGCAUUUUCCCUGAACUCUUUGAAGACCUGUCACAUGCACAGAUUUUUUUUUUUUAAUUUUGCACCAAAGUAAACUUAAUCUUUUAAUUCCAUUUUCCAUGUACUUUUUGAAGUUACCCUCAUUAUAGACUGGGAAACUCAGGUUCAAGAACAGAGAAACAGACAUGAGGGAAUCUCAGGAUUGCCCUUAGAUACUGCCCUAAACUGCCCAGCUAAAUGGCGGGUCUUUAUAAGGUGCUGGUAGCAGGCUCUCCCCUGGCUGCUGGCAGGAGUUGUCAGUGUGGAGCAGAGCUUUGCCUCCAGUGGGGCCUGACUCAGGGAGUGUGGGGUCCCCGUCUUGGCCCUGAGACUGAGCCAGUUGCUUGUUCAGAUCUUGGAUCUGGAGCCGGGAUUUGGGGAUUUGGGGAUCUCAGGUUUGGAGCCAGGCAGGUCCAGGGCUCCUGUCCUCUGGGAGCUUCCUAUUUCUUCAUGUGUCCAGUGAGGGCAGCCCCACCUGCCACAUGGGGUGGUCACGGGGGUUAAUGAAGAUUGAGACCACAGUGUUCAAUAAAUGUUGCUCCCUUCCACGUUGAA